ACAACUGAGAGAAGAUUUGAGAAGCAGAAAGAUGCAGACCAAAGACAGCAGUCCACCAGAUGGUGGCUAUGGAUGGGUUGUGGUAGUGUCAGCCUUCAUAGUGAUGGGCCUCACUGCUGCUGUCCUCAAGACUUUUGGUCUCUUCUUUGUUGAAAUCCAGGAGCACUUUGAUGAACUUGCAAGCACCAUUUCUUGGAUCACAUCAGUAACUAUUGCCACCUUUCAUUUAGGAGGUAGGUCCCCUGUUGCCAGCUCACUAUGUGUAAAAUACACCCACCGUGCUGUUGUGAUCACUGGAGGACUCCUUGCAUUUUCAGGAAUGGCUCUGGGAUGUCUUGGGCUCAACAUGAUCUGGAUGUAUGCAACAACUGGCUUCCUACAGGGACUUGGGAUUUCCUUUUCAUGGACACCAGCCAUCAGCAUUGUUAGCCAUUAUUUUUCCAAGAAAAGAGCUCUGGCCAAUGCUAUUGCCAGUGCUGGAGAAUGUGCAUUUGCAUUUACGUUUGGGCCAUUUUUCCAGUGGCUGAUUGGUCAGUAUGGAUGGAAAGGUGCCCUCUUGAUCAUAGGUGGCACCCAACUCAACAUCUGUGUCUGUGGAAUACUGAUGCGACCCCUGACAAGCAGCUACCACCCUGAGGUGAGCCAUCCUGAACCACCACCUGGCAAUGGCGCAUCCAAGACAGACAAAGAAGGGAAGUCUACCAUCACACACAGAACCUUCAACUGGAUGCUUUUGAGGAGAGCAGAAUUUGUGCUUUAUGCCAUGUUUGGCAUACUGGCUGCAAUGAGUUUCUUUGUUCCUCCGUUGUUUUUAGUUCCACUUAGCUACAGUCUGGGAAUAGACGAAUCUUGGACUGCAUCUCUGCUAUCCAUACUGGCUAUGGUGGAUUUUGCAGGCAGACUGCUAUGUGGCUGGUAUGCCAAUCUCCACCUUACAAAAACUAUUCACUUACUGACAAUGACAAUUACCUUGAUCAGUACUUCCUUGAUGCUUCUACCACUGGCUAACAACUACCUAUCCUUGGCAAUAUUCACUGGCUUCUAUGGAUUCUUCUUUGGCACAACAGUUGCUGUUCACAUUACAGUGCUAGCAGAAGUCGUGGGCAUGUCAGAUUUUGACAGUGCUUUAGGGCUUUUCAUGCUUAUUCGAAGCACUGGAGGAUUUCUGGGGCCUCCUCUUGCUGGUCUGAUUGUGGACAUGGCUGGAGACUACAGAGCAGGCUUCUACAUGGCAGGAGCCACUCUCAUCCUAGCAGCUGUAUUUUUAGUUGUUUUAGAUCAAUUUCAACAAAGAAGUGAAAAAGGAAACCAUACUAGUACUAAAUCAGAAAAAUCAUCAUUACCUUACACUUCCUUCCAUUUUCUGAAACUUCAGAAAAGAAGGUACCAAGACCACGAUGUAGCGGUGUGA